GAUGCGCCGGCAGGCGGAGCGCGAGGACGAGCGGGGGCCCCGCGUCAUGGUGGUGGGCCCCACGGACGUGGGCAAGUCGACCGUGUGCCGCCUGCUGCUGAACUACGCCGUGCGCCUGGGGCGCCGGCCCACCUUUGUGGAGCUGGACGUGGGCCAGGGCUCCGUCUCCAUCCCCGGCACCAUGGGGGCCCUCUACAUUGAGCGCCCUGCCGACGUGGAGGAGGGCUUCUCCCUGCAGGCCCCGCUGGUUUAUCACUUCGGCUCCACCACGCCUGGCACCAACAUCAAGCUGUACAAUAAGAUCACAUCCCGCCUGGCAGACGUCUUCAACCAGCGGUGUGAAGUGAACCGCCGAGCGUCGGUAAGCGGCUGCGUCAUCAACACGUGCGGCUGGGUGAAGGGCUCGGGGUACCAGGCGCUGGUGCACGCCGCCUCUGCCUUCGAGGUGGACGUGGUGGUGGUGCUGGACCAAGAGCGGCUCUACAACGAGCUGAAGAGGGACCUGCCCCACUUUGUGCGCACGGUGCUGCUCCCCAAAUCCGGUGGGGUGGUGGAGCGCUCCAAGGACUUCCGGCGGGAGUGCCGAGACGACCGCAUCAGGGAGUAUUUCUACAGCUUCCGGGGUUGCUUCUACCCCCACGCCUUUGACGUCAAGUUCUCUGACGUCAAGAUCUACAAGGUGGGGGCUCCCACCAUCCCGGACUCCUGCCUCCCCCUGGGCAUGUCGCAGGAGGACAACCAGCUCAAGCUGGUGCCGGUGACGCCGGGGCGGGACAUGGUGCACCACCUGCUGAGCGUCAGCAUGGCCGACAGCCCCGACGACAACAUCUCGGAGACGAGCGUGGCCGGCUUCAUCGUGGUCACCGGCGUGGACCUGGAGCGCCAGGUCUUCACCGUGCUGUCGCCUGCCCCUCGCCCGCUGCCCAAGAACUUCCUCCUCAUCAUGGACAUUCGCUUCAUGGAUCUGAAGUAGAAGCAGAAAAUAGGGAGUCUCCUCGGAGACGGGAGAAACAGAGGGGGCAGCCCCACACCUCAGACUUCCAGGGGAGCAAGGAAACAUCUGCCAGCUGGGUCAUCCUGCGCGGCUGGAAGUUGUCUGCUUGCCUGUGUCCUUUCUUCUUCAUCCAGCAGGUUUCUGGCCCCGAAGUCUGGCCACUUCUCCCCUUCUCACGUGCCAGCGAGCACUGCUGAGCCCUCUCAUACAAGAGGCUCGCUGCUCGAUCUUUUUUUUUAAUAUCCUUUUAUAACUUUUGUUAUUAAAUUUCCUAGCCUUUU